AUGGGAAAGACUAAGAAAAGACAGCAUCAAAAGAAGAAGGUAAAGGAAGAAGAUACGGUUAAAGACACAACGGAUGAAGCUACUGAGACUGAGAAGUAUGAAGAGGUGGAAGAGGCGGAAAAGGCUGAAGAGAUUAAAGUCCGAUUAAAAAAACUACAAUUGGAAUCUGACGAAAAGGAUCAACGAAUCAUAGAUCAAAAGUCAGAGGAAACUUUAGAGCAAAAAUUACAGCAGAAGGAAGAAGAAUGUGAGAAAGUUAAAGAGAACUAUCAGAAUCUACUUGAUAGACUCUCUUCUAUGAAGACGGUGUUCACAAAGAUGAAGACUUCUGAGAUUGAAUUUCAUAAAACCAAGGAACAAGUUUUAAAAUUGGAAAAGGACAAGAUUCAACUAGAAAAAAAAGUUGAAAAGGUGGAGGAAAUGAACCAAACGAUCAUUGAUCUUCAGAAAGAGAUGAAUAACAUCAAUCUAGAAUGUGAAAAGUUGACUAGAGAAAAUAACAAUUUGAGAAAAGGAUCUGAAAUUAAAGACGGUGAGUUCCUAUUGGAAAAUAAACGUCUUCAGACAGCCAAUAAGAAGUUGAUGAUGGAACUUCAGGAGUCCAAAUCAGAGAUGGAGGAAUAUCUCAUUAUAAUAAACGAGGAGAAGAUGUCCAAGCAGGGGCUUCAGCAUGAAAUUGAUGAGAUCAACCUAAAGAAUGAGCGUUCCGAGGCUGAAAAUAAAAGAUUGAUUCAAGAAAAUCAAUCCUUGGAGAAAAAGGUGGCAGAGAUUGAAGGUGAGGUUACAAAUAUUAAGCAACAGCAUUCUAAGGAACAUCAAGAAUUGAAGAAUCAGCUUGAUACUAAGGUGAUUGAACUUUCAGAGUCCCAUGCCAAAGUAGAGGACUUGCAAAAGUUGCAGGACACCCUAAAGCAGAAAUCUGAACGAUUGGAAUCGCUCGAGCAGGAUUUUAAGCAGAAACAGAAAACUAUCGGUAAGCUUAGGCAUGAAACUAUAGUGUUAAACGAACAUCUUACUAAGGCCAUGAAACUUAUCAAACAAGAAUCGUCUCAGGAUACUAUUGAUAGAGAAUUGGCAUCCAACUUGUUCGUCAGUUUCCUUCAAAUACCAAGGGGAGACUCCAAGAAAUAUGAAGUUCUCCAGUUGAUUUCUAACUACCUCAAUUGGGAUGAUACUAAAAAGAAGCAUGCGGGACUUCUCAAUUCCAAUCAGAAGACAAAUUCCAACAGUGUCAUGGACUCUUCCGCCAAUAGACUUAACACCAAUCGAUCCUUUGUAUCUCUGUGGACUGACUUCUUAGAAAAGGAGUCCACGCCUCAUAAAUAA